AUGAGAAAACUUCUUCUUUCUUUCUUUUUCCAAAAUGACCAGGCAUUGCCGCCGGAUUUACUGUCGCCUGAAUCCUAUGUUAUACCAUUGUCGCCAUCGCUGGCUGUAUCUCCGUCGACCUUUGAAGAAGUGUAUACAAAUCCGAGCUUUUUUAUCCCUUCAGUUCUGAUGGCCAGAAGCAGUUUCGAUUUAGUCACCGUCGCCAUUAUCGCCGCCUUCCUCCUCCUCUCUGUUCUUUCCUUUUUAUUCAUAUUCCACCUCCGCCUAAAAUCACGUAGAAUGCGGCAUUUACAAGAAUUUAACUCUCUCUGGAUCGUGAGAUUACUCCUUGUAACGGUGCUGGACUUUGUGAUCAACAAGAGUAUUCGAGUGCGAAUCAACGUGCUGCUCGCGGCCGUAAUGGUGGCGCUGCCAAUGCAAAUCAUCUGCCUCGGGCUAUCAUGGUUGUGGCUGCCCGAGGAUGACGAGUAUGGCUAUGUCGUGCUAGUCAUGUUCUUUUUUAUCACCACGUGCAUGGCGGUGGGAGAGGUUAUAUUGAUAAUAAAGCCAAUCACUGAUGCCUUGGCAGCCGAGGGUGAAUGUUGUCGGCGUUUCUCUGGCGGAUUACCGCCGAGGCGGCCGGCGGAGCAAAGAGAACAAGUGGAUCAUCAAGAACCUGGUCUAUAG